UCCCGCAAGUCCAAGGAGUCCUGGGCAGAGCAUCUCUGUGCCCUAUUCCUGCUGGCUCCAGAAGAGCUCUUCAGGCACCCGGCGCCGCAGUAUUAGUAAGGGCGAAGCUUUUGCCAUCAGCAAAACGAAGGCCCGCUUGGAUGAGCCCAGCUUGACUUGCUGGUUCGGCGUGUUAAGCCCCAUGGGGCACUUUCGAAAUGUCUGGGACUUCUUUGGCAUUCUGCUCCUGGCCCUGGACAUGAUUUUCCUGCCGCUCCAGUUUGUGAGCAACAGCCUCUACCAGGAGUUCCCCAUCUUGGAUGCCAAGUCCAAAACAGCUGUCUUCUACUGGUCCUUUGACAUCGUGCUGUCCUUCUUCACUGGAUACAUCGAGAAAGGACUUCUGGUGGAGAGCCACCGUCAAAUCGCGCUGCGAUACAUCAAGUCCUGGUUUUUCCCAGACCUCAUCGUCACCAUCAUUGACCUGGUCUUGCAAUUUGUUGGAGAGGAGAGCCGCGCCGAGAGCGCGGGCACGCGCGUCUUGCGACUUCUGCGGCUAUGCCGCGUGGUACGCCUGGGCAAGCUCACACGUGCUGCGGCCUUCCUGAGAGACAAGUUUGAAUCAGAAGUGGCUUACACACAGUUUACACUGGGCAUUGCGAUGCUGGGAAUGCUCCUAUUGGAGCAUGUGAUCGCGUGUGGAUGGUUCGGGCUGGGAAAAAUGGAGAUGGAAGAGACGUGGAUCUCCCGGUUGCCCUACCAAGGGUCUUUCGCUCUUUACUACACCAUGAGCCUGCGAUGGGCACUCUCUCAAUUGGGCAUUGGUGGAACGCAAAUCGAAGCGGUCAAUGAGCAAGAGGGCAUCUAUACGGUGAUGGUGGCGGUGGUCUCCUUGCUGACCUUCUCCACAGUAAUUAGUUUUAUGACCUCCUUGAUUAGUACCUUGCAGCACAAGAGAAUGGAAGAGACGCAUCAAUUUGGCCUACUCCGCCGUUUUCUGCGGGUAAACCGAAUUCCGGAUGAGCUCCGUCAACGAAUCACGAGGUUUUUGCAGCAUGCGUAUUCAGAGAGGGGCUCCAACUCGGACGAUCCGUACAUCUUGGAGCUGCUCUCUGAAAACCUCCACGCGGAGCUUCAACUUGCCAGAUACCAGGAGUGUCUAAACAUUCUGCCAUUCUUUGCCCAGAUCUUUCGGAGUAAUUUGCUCUCGAUUGCAGAAGAACAGGUGCUUCAUGGCUUGGCACGGAAGGCCAUGUGGGUCCAUGAGACAGCAGAGGAUGACGUGAUUUUUUGCCAUGGGAAUGCGGCCACAGCCGCCUAUUUUGCUCUCAAUGGCUCGUUGCUCUACUUGCAACUGAUGGCCUCCGCGGUGCAAGCGAAGCGUGGCCAGUGGAUUUGUGAGAUGUCCCUUUGGACCGAUUGGGCCCAUCUGGGCGAUCUUCUCACACAAAGCUUUAGCAAAGUCAUCGAAAUCAGGGUCCAGGAGUUCUGCGAGAUCGUGUCCAAAGCUGGCGCCUGUCAAAUUCAUGCACAUCACUAUGCCCUGGAAUACGUCGAGGCAUUGAACCUGGCAGAUGAAGUUUCGGAUUUGUGGAGUCCUCCCCUCCUCAGUGAAGAGCUGGACAUGGAGAACCCUUUCGGUCUAGGAAGCAAUGGAACCAAACUGCAGCAGGUUGUCCCGGUGUGAGGAUGAUGGAGCGACCGUGGUGUGCUGCACACGUUCCUGUGAAACACACCGACCACAGAGGAACACCGCAUCGAACUCCGUAAACUGUAGGGGCAAAGCCUGGCGCGCUGUGUAAGAACCACCCCUUUGGAACUCCUG